AUGGAAUCGCCUCGUUCUCAAAGUUCCAAGACUUCUUGCUCAGAGCCAGAUGUGGCAGCUGACAAGAGCACUAGAUUCAAGAGACUGACCAGUGUCUCAAAGGCGCAGGCGUCAAAAUCUGUCAGAUUCUCAAGUCCACCAGAAGAGGUCUCAAAGAAGUCUCCGAGAAUACUCCGAUUGACUCUCAAGAUGCCCUCAGGCAAGAUGCGCGAGCCUGCGGGCGGCCGUCCCGCCCGCCGCACCGUCAAUGUAUUCCAGGAAAAUCCUAUUGUGGAAGGCCCAAGAGCCAGCCGCAAUAAGAAAAAGAUUGUCGAAGUCCCAACUUCUGAAGAGGAUGACGAUGAGGAUCUUGAAGAUGAAGAGGAAGACGAAGUUGAUGACGAGGACGCCCCCGGGGAAGAUGACGAGGAUGCUGAUGCUGAUGGUGACAUUGACAUGGAUGAGAUACCUCCCCAGUCGGCUGUCAAGCGUUCUUUCAAACCAGCUGUGAGCCGUGGCAAGGGUGCGAAGAGUGUCGAGGAAAAGGAGAUGGACAUGGAAGAGGAUGAAGAUGAUGAUGAGGACCUUGACGAUGACGACGAUGACGAGCUCCUCUCUGACACCGAUUUGGAUGCGGAGGGAGAGCCUGACGAUCUGGAUGAGAGUGCAGUACCAGACGCCAAUGCCGAGGGUCUUGAUGAGGAAGACGAAGAGGAUGAUCUGGACGAGGACAUGGACAGCGACGUCAUGGGUACAAAUCUGGGAAAGACCACCAAGCGCCAGCGCGGUAAUCUUGGGAACGACUUCCUUCAACUGCCUAUGGAACCGCAAGUCAAGAAGCACCUCACUGCCGAAGAGCGAGCUAUGCGAAGAGCUGAAAUGGCUCGACGACGGAAGAACCUGAGCGAGAAACGCAACGAGGAAGAAAAGAUGGACACAAUCAAUCGGCUCUUGAACAAGCAGCCGCCGAAGCGCCGUGGUCGACAAGCCGCUGGGGAUGGAACAGAUGCAACCCCCGCUGAUCAGGAGCCCACCGAGCCUGCAAAGGCUGACCCAACGAUGGUCCGUUGGACCAGCAAUAAAAAUGGAUGCACGAUCAGCGUGCCCGAAGAAUGGCUAGGCACCCCUGCGGGUCGACUUUUCGGGCCACCAGCCUCUGGCGGACAGGGCGGCAAGAUGGUGCAAGAAAUCUAA